AUGGCCACGAAAUUAUCUCCCCAACUCAAGUGCUUGUCUCAAAAACUUCGCGCUCCUAAACUUGCUAGGGGAUUCUCAUUCACAGCCGGGCAUCGAGGUGCAUACGAGAGUACGAUUGCCAAUUUAAGCAUUGAUCAGAAUACCAGAGUGAUAUAUCAAGGAUUUACUGGCAAAGCAGCCACCAAAAAUGCACGAGACACAAUAGAAUAUGGCACGCAGAUUGUUGGGGGCGUCUCCCCUGGGAAAGGUGGUCAGGAUCAUCUCGGCCUGCCAGUGUUUGACACAGUACAAGAAGCCGUAAAAGAUGUGAAGCCACACGCAAGCGCAGUCUUCGUUCCUGCCCAAUUCGCAGCAGGGGCAAUCAUUGAAGCAAUCGAGGCUGAAAUUCCGCUCGUCCUUUCAGUUGCUGAACAUGUGCCCCUUCAUGAUAUGGCUAGGGUUCAAGACAUUCUCCGAACACAAAGUAGAACGCGACUUGUAGGACCCAAUUGCCCCGGGAUUAUCGCACCCGACCAAUGCCGCAUUGGCAUCAUGCCGUACAAGCAGUACACAAAAGGCGUUGUUGGGAUUGUUUCCAAAAGUGGAACGCUCAGUUACGAAGCUGUAGGAGCCACAACCAAGGCUGGACUUGGACAGAGUAUCGUUGUUGGAAUGGGCGGAGAUAUGAUGCCAGGUACCACACUUCUAGAUGGGCUCAAAUUAUUCUUUGAACAUGAAGAGACCAGGGGAAUCAUCGUCAUUGGCGAGAUUGGCGGCGAAGCUGAGCUUAGAGCAGCGGAGGCCAUAAGAGAUUACAGAAAAUUGACGCCUAACCCAAAACCAAUAAUUGCAAUGGUCGCCGGGAGAACGGCGCCGCAAGGGAAAACGAUGGGUCAUGCCGGUGCUAUUCUUUUAGCGAGAGAUGUGCCUGCCGAUGUUAAAGCAAAAGCACUCGAGGAGGCGGGUGCAAUUGUUGUGCCGCACCCAGGAGCCAUGGGUAAUGAGAUGAGACGACUCCUGAAUCUGUAG